CAACGCUCACUCCAUACAAAUACCGAACAAUACUACCAAAUUGCUGACAACCUACACUCGUCAAGUCGUUAAUCGAUCCUUGAUGACAAUUUGAGCCAUGGGAGAGAAAGAAGACAAAGAAAAGGCUGAGAAAUUGGCAGCGGCGAAAAAAAGGGUCGCUCAACUACAAAAGAAGAAGAAAGCAACUUCAGGUUCAACCAACGCAGGCGAGAAGUCGGGUUCGAAAAGCAAAGCGAAGAAAGCCGACAAAGCCAAAGACGAUGAAGUAGAUGGAGCUGAGGCCGAGCAGGAAGAAGUUGUAGAAAUUCCAGAUGACAAUGCGAAGCCAGCCGAUACCGACGAUGCAAGCCCAGCUGCGCAGACGGCUACCGACGCAGACGAAGAAGGUCCCAAGGAUGCGGAAGCCCAACAAUCUCCCGAUCCCUCCUCUGCCCCUUCGGCCGAACCUGAGUCGGUCUCUCCUACCAAGGGCCCGCGACAUUCCAGCCGUCAACCCAGCGUCAGUAUACAGAGUAAGAUCCGCAGCACGAGCUUUAGGGACAAUGGACCGUUGAGCCCAGCUGCGGCGCCGGGAAGCUUGGCCCGUAUUGAAGAGCUUGAGCGAGAGAACAAACGCCUGGCUAAGGAGGCAGAGGAACAUGAGAAGAGAUGGCGACGUGUCGAGGAGGAAUUGGAGGAACUGCGCGAGCAGAAUGCCGAGAAAUUGGCCGACUCCAACGGUAACGAGGAGAGUGGCACGGCCGUCAGCAGACUCCGUGCUGAAAUUGAGACAUUAAGGCGCAGGUUGAGUACGUCGAGUCGGCGCGAGAGUGUGGGUGCCAAUGACGGCGGUUCUUUACGUGCAGAACUCGAGAGUAAGGAUGCUACAAUUGCCGAUAUGCAGCUUGAGAUCUCCCGGUUACGAGGACAGUUGUCCAGCCAGACUGCAGGUUGCGAGACGCAUGGAGAGCAGAUUGCGGCGCUGCAGGCAAACCUCUCGAGCGCAGAGGCAAAAAUAAAAAGCCUCGAGACCGAGCUUGGUGACACGAAAAAGGCGCUCAGUAAAGCCAGCGAAAAGGCCGUCAUAGAUGGUACGGAGAGGACAAGUAAGGACACGAAGAUUCGUGGACUAGAGAGAGAAUUAACCGAGGCUGUCACCCAAAAAGAUGAGCUUACGAAGAAAGUCGAGCAACUGGACAAGAAAAUUGAGGCAAUGAACAAAUUACACCGGGAGGCAGAAUCGAGGAAUGCGGCCAAAUUUGCGAGCGCAGAAGCGAGCGCGAGAGAGUUACCUGCGCUACGAGAGAAGAUCGCAAAAGCAGAGAGUGAAAAUACGAGGUUGAGAGAGAAGCACAAACGCGUCAUGAGUGGUGACGGAGGCGGUGAAGGAUUGGAUGAGCUUGAAGACGAAGAGAGGCAGAAGCUCGAGAGGAAGAUCAGGGAACUUGAAGGACAGGUCUUUGAUCUCCAGCGAGGUGUAUGGAGAGACAAACGGGUACAGAUGCAGCCCAGAGGAGAUGAUGCUUCAAGGACAUCGAUGGACCAGGCUGAAGAGUUUGACGAGGUCGACCUAUCUGGGUCUGGGAAUGCUAGCAGACGAAGGAGCUCUGCGAAUGGUCUACGUCAGGGACAGACAAAGCAUUCAGGCUUCACACAGGUCUUGAACUCAGGGUUGGCGGCAUUCAGAGCGAGCACGACAUCGCCAGAUGCGCAACAUCGAGGGUCGACGAGACCCAGGAAUGACUCUCUGUUGGAGGAAUUCGACGAUGACGCGUUUGAUGAAAGUGCUUUUGCAAGGGCACAGCGAGAAGAAGAGCAACGGAAGAUGGUCGAGCAUGUCAGGGAAGUGAAGAGAGGACUGAAGCAAUGGACUGGCUGGAGGUUGGAUCUCGUAGAUGCCAGACGGGCCGGUGCUGGAGUUGGGUUUGGAGAAAUCUUUGAUGUGUAGAGAGGAAUCAUGAGAGAGCUAUGAAGAAACGAAGACCAGCGAGAAACACAGAAUGUUGGCUAGGUGAACUUCUCGGUACCUGGUCGAUGCCGUGGCUGCAGAGAAGAGGUAUUUUGUUGUUAUAUGAGGAUGAACCAAGCAAUCUAACCACAUUCCAAC